GCCGCAGUGUGGAGAUGCGCGCCGCGAGUCGGGCGCUGCUUCUGCAGCUGCUUCUGCUGCGGCUGGCCGCGGCGGCUGCUCAGGAGGCCGACUACGACUACGUCUACGACGUGUCGCAGCAUCAGAACUGCGUGCCGUUAGGCUCCCGCACGGUGGAGAUUCGGUGCAAGUUAGAAGAAGAUAGCGUGGCCGUGUGCCGCGGUCGAGAUUGGGAGGAAUCAGACGACGUUCCGAAGCUGCGCAUAGGCCUCCGCGACGCCGGUGCCGUCUCCUGCGCCUUUCUGUUGACAAUCGAGAGGGGCAGCUACCCAAUCUGUUACGAGCGUCUCAGCUUCCGCAACUUCACCGUUGGCUGGGCUGAAGUUUACUCUGAUGACGCUUCAGAGGACUGGAAGCUCGUGGUCGACGUAAACCUGUUGUCUGUUAUUGGGGCCAUGAAACAACUGGAAUACGACAGCUCAUUCGAUGAGUUCUGGAAUUUCACAAACGCAGAGUUCAGUGCUGAGAGCGGCUUCCUGACCGCAGUCACUUUCAAUGAAAAGGUGGUCAAGCCGCGGCCCUGUCUCAUAUCGCUGGGUAACAUCCACAAUUUGGGCGGUACCAGUGUCGAGGAACUGAGUCUUUAUAACAACAAGGUCAGCCCCACAAGUCUCACGUUUGGACCAAUGCCAAAGCUAAGGAUACUGCGUCUUGUCCACUGUUCUUUAUUGGAUUUUCCGGAUGAUGCGCACAUCCAGAUGCCGGCGCUGGAAGAACUGGACCUGGCAGACAACACGCUGUUGACGGUACCGGCGGCCAUUGCGGGUAUGAAGAAGCUGAAAACGCUGAACCUGUCCAGGUCGCGCGUCCAGCGGCUCGCGGGCCAGCUGCUGCAUCUUCCGCAGCUGAAGGAACUCACGCUCCGCAACACGUUCCUGUGCUGCCUGCACCAAGAGCAGGACGCCUUCCAGGGGGUCCCGAAUCUGGUGUUCCUUGACAUCUCGCAGAACCAGCUGACCUCCCUGGGAGCGGCACUGCGUGGACUCCACCAGCUGCAAGUCCUCGACGCCUCAGACAACCAGCUGACCGAAUACCCGGAGCUGCAGCUCCAGAGCCAGGCGGCGCUGAGUUUUGCUCACAACCGCCUUAGCACUAUACCACACUGCAGCCAGUUUGGAAGUAGCAGCAGCCAUCUGGCGUUGGACCUACACGACAACCAAAUAUCUCACUGGGAUGGAGGUCCUAACAUCCUGAGGUGCGUGGAUUCGCUGAACCUAGCGAACAACUCGCUGGCGAAUAUCGACGCGAACAUGCUCGCCAGCCUCGACGUACUGAAAACUGUGUGGCUGAGCGAGAACCCCCUGCACUGCGACGGAUGCGCGUUCCAGCAGUUUCGCGAGUGGCUGCGGACGACGCAGGUGGAGGUGAGAGCGGUGGGCGUCCCCACAGGGGCGGCGACGUCGCUGCGCUGCGCCACACCCCCAGCCUUCCUGGGCAUGUCCGUGGAGGCGGUGGCGCUGGUCGGCGACCUGGACGAGUGCGCUGCCGACUACUCCGCCGAUUCGACGCGGCGCGAGCCGGUGCUAGCGGUCGGCCUCACGCUGGGGGCGGCGCUUCUGCUGUUGCUCUCGGCCGCCGUCGGCGUCUGCUACCGUUACCGCUUCGAGCUCGCCUACAGCGCUCACCUCCUGCGGCUGCGAGCCCGGGCCCGCAGCAGCCGUCGCAAGGGGCGCGGCGUUGCUGACGACGUCUUCCUGUUCGACGCUUUCAUCUUGUACAGCGGGAGCGAUCAGUCGUGGGUGGGGGGCACUCUGGUGCCCCUGCUCGAAGGCCAGCCGGACUACCGUGUCUGUCUGCAUGAGCGAGGACUCGACAGUGGCGCCGCCAACCACAACUUAUCUCACCUGAUGGACUGCAGCCGCCACGUCAUCAUCGUGCUGUCCAAGAGCUUCCUCAGCAGCAGGUGGUGCCUAUGGGAGAUGGCCUUGGCGAACCACCGCACGCUGGAUCCAUCGCAGCGUGAGUACGUCAUCCUGCUGGAGCUGGAGCCGCUGGAACGCUCGGCGCUGCCGCGGCAGCUGCGCUUCAUAAUGGACACCCGCACCUACCUGGAGUGGCACCAGCCGGGCGACCCGCAGUACGUGGAGCAGGCGUUCCACAGGCUGCAGCAGGCGCUCGGCCCACCUGUCUCUCCCAAUCGCAACUCUCGCUGAUGUCUACGUUCGACGAGAGACUGAAGUCUGAGUAAUGGCUCUCGCCAAUGGCCCUACGUUUUGCCGCCAGAUUUAGCUACAAUAAAAUUCCCCAGUCUGUACUGCUGCAUCGCUGUGUCAAACACGCCCACAUUUCAGCCACUACAGCAGUUUGCACAAGUAAUAAUGACGCUUCGCAGCACUGAUUAACUGUCGGUAAAUCUCACAACACACGCCAUGUAAUUUUAUGUCAUUUAUACACCGCAUAUGUAUGUAGUGGCGUUACAUCAGUGGUAAAAACCUCACUAUGAGGCAUAUCACCUCCAGCUGGGGUGAAAAAAGAUCCAUCUCGAUCAUAUACAGCUAGAUAAAUUUUCAUUCAACAGAAUACCUCUCCUUCCAAAUUCUAAUCCAUUGGCCCACUAAUCACGGUUUCUCGUGUCCAGACGUAUGGCAGACAGCCGCCAGUGCUGAGUUCUCACCAAUGGCGCGAUACGCAGAGACUGAAAAGUGUACAUUCGCCCUGGAGGUUGUGCUAUGGUUCAAUCGGCCUAAGUUGACCCGAGACAGUGGCAGUGGGCUGCACGUGGCGUUUUCACGGGCCCGCCUCAACCAAUAACGUAACGCGAUUAUGUGUACAUCUCUAUGGCAACGCCCCAGCGUUCUCAUAGCCCUUCAGAUGGCUACUGCAGUCGUUAGCGCUUUGAAGCUGAAAACUGGCAACAGUGCUGUGUACUACCAGGUAUCUUCUUACGCCGUCUCGACAUUGGGCAUGCUCCACAGCUGUUACGUCGUAGGCGUUCGGUUACACGUUUUGCAACUAGUGUUUGCACGAGUGCAGCAAAAGUAAGACGUUCCUUAGUGUGCUCCUUUUCUUUCUCUUGAUUCCCUUGCAUUGUCGCCUUGUUAAACCGCCCUAAUAUUCACUGAGCUCGAUCUGAACUUUAUAUUCUUAAAUCUAUCUGCCACUGCAUUUGUUCCUUCUUUAUGACACUUGCCAGCGAUACUUAAUCUCUAAUUGAACAAAACCAUGCUUGUAAUGGAAGUGUCAAUGGCACUCGUUCUCGCACGUGAUCAGUUCACGAAAUAAAUAAAUGUCUGUCUCCGUACAAGCGCAUCACUACGGCCUUCUCGUGUCCUCGGAGCUGCUGCAAAAUCUUCACUACAAAUCCAGCUUCGAAACUCCGUGGUGUUUUUGAAAAUAGGCAAAUGGUCUCUCUUUCGGUAAUUUCUAUCUUUUAAUAGAUCGUAACCAUUUAUGGGUAAUGACUUACAAGUGUCAAUCCUUAAGUACUUUUAAUGUUAUCUGUUCUGAUAAGACGCAGUGGUGUUGAAAUACGAUUCAUAACGUCGCAAGUAGAUUCACAAUCUCUCUAUAUAACGGAAUCGUAGGUCUUGUACCCAUUAGGCCCUUUCUACAAAAAGGCUCCGGAUUCCCAGGAAUACGAGUAAAACGCACUAUUGGUGCUGCUGUGUUUUUGAAGGUGGACUAGAGGUAUCUCUUUCGUGAAAUUUUACAUCUGACGCACGUAACCAUUUGUGGCAAAUGAGCCAAGGAGUGAAACGUAACACUGGCGCUUGUGCUACUUCUUAAGCACCAGAUCUAACUUUUAAGUCAUUAUUUUAUAACAUUUAAAAUAUGUGUCACGAUUUUAUAUAGCAUCCACUGAUGAGUCAGUCUCUCGACUGUUCAAAUGUGUUCCCUGAUUACGUUUUCAAUUCGCCUUCCCACUGAAUGAAAUGCAUCUAGCACAGAAUCAGAGGUGACCCUGAAAACAAUGGAGCAGAUGGGGCACCAUUAAAGGACGAAGAUUCUCAUCUGCUCCUGUUGUCUUAGCGCCUUACAACCCAGCAAAGAAACUGACGCAAAAAACUGCAAAACGAAAUGCUUCAACAGCAGGGGGGACAUGUAUCAUUUUAACAUGGGACGUGGAAUUCUAAGAAAAUGAGGAAGCAGAUCAAGCAUCAAGGAGACCUGCAGGGAAAACAAUAUGCCAUUCCCCUGCAGUCUGCCAUCUCGUUCUUACGUCAGAGAGUCCUACAAUAAUGGAAAGAGGAGUGGAUGGCAAAGGAGGGGGUGUGGACUGCAUUUGGUGAACCCAAAUGUCCGGCCAUGAUGUACCUCAUAUUGGUCUCUGAGACAGCAGGAAGUAACCUUCACCUGUCUUGAAAUUCGAUACUGUCCGCUAACACACGGCCUCGUACACUGACGAGAGGACCCUCCAGUAUGUGACGCUUGUGACUGCGAAUGUCAAUGUACGUCACAGUUUAAUUGCGUGCAUUUUAAACCUUGACAAGAUGGCAGAAGCAAAUGUAAAUACAGAUCUGUCGUCUAUUUUCGUUAACGACGACGUGAGUUUGAUAAAGCUAUUAAAAUGUUGUAUAUUUGAAGACUCUAACCUAAGAUUUCAUGUUGAGGAUUUUAAUGUGAUACAGAGUAGCGGCUCACCCAUUUUUAGUACAGCGAUCGGUCAGCUACACUUACCUGUGCAACCGGCAUGUUUUUGAUUCAUUCCAUGAAAAAUUUUUAUGGUCGGUUUUAGAAUUGACUGUGAACGUGAUUUUAAUAUUUCGGUGUGUGUGUGUGUGUGUGUGUGUGUGUGUGUGUGUGUGUGUGUGUGUGUGCGUGCGUGCACAUGCGCGCGCGUGCGCAGUAUUCAGAGUACAUUUAUAUUUGAACUCCCUGUGGAAAUCCUACUGAAUUCCCACCUUAAGUUACACAAGUCUCAUGAAAGAUUUUAGUUCAAGCGCUUAAGGUCUUGGAGUCGUCCGCCCCUACUAAUAAUUGUUAUCCUGCUACGCGAUGUUCUCUAAAUUUGAGAUUUAGAGAGCCCAAAAAGAUCUCUCAGUUUCUUUACACAAACAUUGUAUGGAUAUGUCGUUGUUGUAAUGAUUAAACUUUUUGUAUGAUCAGUAAA